CCACCCCCACCCCCUCCCCCUCCCCGUCCCCCACAGUGUCCAGGAUGGUGAACACGAGCGUCGGAGGCGCUGCGGCCGCGGCAGGAGGGCGGAGGGAGGCGGCCAUCGCUCGGACCCGAAGCAGCGUGUUCCGCAGGGCGCUCUCCACCGUCGGCAUCGUCUCGAAGGAGGAGCGUCUGCUGGCGGCGUCUGACAGCGGCGAGGUGUCAGCCGUCAGCGCCCUGCUCUCCGGCGGCGCUGACGUCAACUGGCAGAACGACCAGGGGGAGAGCGCCCUCAUGUACGCGGCCUGGCGGGGGCAGGAGGCGGUGGCGGCCAUGCUGCUGCAGCACCCGGCGACGCACGUCAAUCUGCAGGACAGCGACGGGUGGACGGCGCUGAUGUGGGCGUCGCGCGGCGGGCACGCGGGCGUGGUGCGGCUCUUCAUGGUGCAUCCCGACACGGAGCCCGACCUGGCCAACGGCGCGGGCGAGACGGCGCUCAUGAAGGCCUCCGUCUACGGCCACGAGGAGGUGGUCAAGCAGCUGAUCGGCUCCUACAGGACCACUGUGGACAAGCGCCACCCCGACGGCUCCACGGCCCUGCUGUGGGCGGCUGCGGGCGGCGGGGCCAAGUGCGUGGCCGCCCUGCUGGACGCGGGCGCCAGCCUGGACACUCAGGACCAGGACGGCAUGGACGCGCUCAUGUGGGCGGUGUCGGUGGGGCAGCCCGAGACGACGGAGCUGCUGGUGACCCGCGGGAUCGACCUCGCCAGGAGGGACAAGAUUGGGCGCUCGCCGCUGCUCAUGGCCUCCGAGACGGGCCACGUGGAGGUGGCCAACGUCUUGGUGCAGCACGACGCCACGGACCUGAACGCGCUCACCAAGGACCGCGUGACGCCGCUCAUGCGCGCCGCCGAGCACGGCCACUGCGCCAUCGUCAACAUGCUGUGCAAGUGCCACGAGACAGACGUCAACCUGCAGGACAACCAGGGGCGCACGGCGCUCAUGUUCGCGGCGCGCGCAGGCCACGCCGACUGCGCCUACGUCCUGCUGCACCACCCGAGCAUCAAGCCCAACCUGGCCGACCUGGAGGGCCUCACACCCGCCAUGAUGGCCGCCUUCACGGGGCACGAGGACGUCCUCAGCGCCAUCCUGUCGCACCGCAAGGCCUCCCUCAAGCACAGGACGCGCGCCGGCUUCACGGCGCUGCUCAUGGCGGCGCGCAGCGGCCAGCGCUCCGUGAUCGAGCGCCUGCUGGCGCACCCCGAGGUGGACAUCAACGAGAGCGACGGCCAGGGGCUGACGGCGCUGGCGUGGGCGGCCAGGAACGGUUCCGGCCACGUCAUCGAGCUCCUGCAGCAGUACGAGCUGCUCCAGCCCGACACGGCGGACGCCGACGGGCUCACGCCCCUCAUGUGGGCGGCGCGCUGCAACCAGCUGCUCGCCGUCAAGACGCUCCUGCGGGACGCACGCGGCGACACCGAGCUCAAGGACCAGCAAGGGCGCACGGCGCUCGCGUGGGCCAAGCUGCUCGAGAACAAGGAGAUCGAGCAGCUGCUGACGCGCUACGCCGAGCUGACGACGGAGCUGUCCGACGACACCGUCGACGACGCGUCCUCGGAGAGCUCCCUCCACACGCCGUCGCGGCUGCACCAGCGCUACAGCCACCCCGUCAGUGACAUGCAGGUGGACAACAUCGGCGACGUGGUCAAGCUGCUGGAGAACGGCCCGUACGUCAACUGGCGCCAGAAGACCGGCAAGACGUCGUUCGCGUGGUCGGUGGCGAGCGGGCAGCCCGACGUGGUCAAGGUGUUCCUGCUGGUGCCCGGCCUCGACGUCAACGAGCGCGACGAGCAGGGCCACACGCCGCUCAUGGCCGCCGCCCGCAACGGCCACCCGGAGGUGCUGCGCCUGCUGCUCAGCCACGAGAACGUCGGCUACAACGCGGUGGACUGGCGCGGCCGGACGGCGCUCAUGGUGGCGGCGGAGCACGGCCAGAUCCGCGCGCUCUGCGUCCUCCUCAAGUGCUCCGCCGUCAGCGUCAACCAGCGCGACACCCACGGCCACACCGCCCUCACCAUCGCUGCCGCGGCGGGCAUGGUCGAGGUCACCAACGCCCUGCUGCGCCACCCGUCCAUCGACGUCAGCGUCCGGGCGGCCGGCGGGUGCACCGCCCUCAUGCUCGCCGUCAGGGCGGGCAACAACGGCGUCGCCGAAAUCCUCAUCAACCACAAGGACACGGACGUCAACCUGCCCGACGACGAGGGCGACACGCCCCUGCUGGUGGCGGCCGGCCACCAGGGCGCCGUGGAGGUCUCUCGCCGCCUGCUGCAGCACCCGCGGGUGGGCGUCAACCUGCGGGACCCGCAUGGCAGCACCGCCCUCAUCCUGGCCGCCAAGAACGGCCACCUGGAGUGCGCCAAGCUGCUGAUGGAGCACCCGCUGGUCGACGUCAACCUGCGCGACGGCGAGGAGAAGACGGCGCUCAUCUACGCGAGCAUGCUGGGCCGCGAGGACGUGGUGCGCCUGCUCUUCUCGCACCCCGACGUGGACCCGAACCUGACGUGCCGCGAGAACGGCUACUCGUCCCUGCUGCUGGCGGCGCGCCACGACCACCCGCGCAUCGUGGAGCUGCUGUGCGCCCGCAAGAACGUGCUGGUCAACAAGCCGGACGACUUCCGCACGAGCGCGCUCAUGCACGCCGUCCGCCGCCACUCGCGCCCGGCCGUCGAGGCGCUGCUCGACCGACCCGACAUCGACAUCAACCUCACCGACGCCGAGGGGAAGACGCCGCUCAUCCGCGCCCUCGCCGACGGGCACUACGACCUGGCGAUGCUCCUGCUGGCCAGGACGGACGUCGACGUCAACGCGCACACGCUCGAGAACAAGACGGCGCUCAUGUACGCCGCCAUGUACCCGGAAGGGAUGCCGGCGCUGCGCCUCAUGCUGGCCAACACCGCCGUCGAGCUGAAUGCCACCGACGAGCAAUCUUGCACCGCCCUCCUGCACGCUUGCAAGUCUGGCAACGUGGACGCCGCCCUGGCCCUGGUGGAGACGAGCGGCGUCGACCUGGAGAUGAGAGAUGACCAGGGCAUGACGGCGCUCAUGUGGACCGCUAUGUUGGGCUUCCGGGUCAUCGUCAUCGCGUUGUUGCAGGUCAAAUCCCUGGAGGUGAACGCCCUCACCCCCGACGGCCUCUCCGCCCUGGGCCUGGCGUGCGAGGCCGGCCAGGUGGACGUGGUGCAGCAGCUGGCGUCGCACCCAGCCGUCGACGUCAACGCGACGAACUCCGGCCGGACGCCCCUCGUUGCCGCGCUUGAGCGCGCCCAGCACGAGAGCGUGCGCGUCCUGCUGCAGCACCCCGCCCACUCCCUGUCGCGGGCGGGCGUCCGACCCCCGUACCUCCCCCCGAACCUGAAGGCGAUGGUCAACCUCUACAGAAACAACAGUCAGGUCCGCCACGCCCUCGUGCUGUGCGCCCCUCCGCCCUCCCUGGUGCUCGAUGGCGUGGGGCGUGCUGGCGAAGGAUGCGUCGCAGGGGGAGGCGAGGUCGCGUCCGUGCUCCUGUCCCUUCCUAGGCCAUUCCAGGUCAUCCAACACGUGUUAAGACGAGCAACUCCGCAAUCUCUCUCGACACAAGUUCAAGACUUUGCUUCUAAGAUUGACUCCAGUACUCAAGGUGCAGCUGUACUCUACGUGAGCGGAGAGAUCCUGGUCACGCCCGCAGGCCCCGCCCUCAGCCUCCCCGCUCCCUCCGCCCACGCCACGCCCACCAACGUGCUCCUGUCCUCCCUCAUUCACGCCCUCGCUCCCGCGCCCACGCUCAUCUUCAUCCUGGACGCCGUGGGUGUGAAAUUCGCCGAGGAUUUGCCUGCAGAGGGGCGUUCGGGCGGCGCUGGACACGCCCUCGCCCUGCCACCGCUGGCGCACCCCAGGAUGGCGGCGCUGGCGGGGGCGUCCUCGGGCAAGAAGCAGGUGAUAGGGUCGCGGUGCACGCCCUUCAGCGCCGCCUGCGCGAGGGAAAUCAUCCAUGGCGUCACCCUCCCUCAGCUGCACGAGCGCGUCAACCUCUCCCUCAGGCAGGAACGUCGAGAUGAAAACCCUUCGUCGUCGUCUUCUUCGAGAUCGAGAGCCAUUUUUGUGUCUAACAUGACGUACGAGUGGCUUUUCUAAGAGGGUUUUGGAAUGGCUGAGUCUGUCCUCUAUGGUUGGUUUUCUUCCCGUUUUCUGUGGUGGGAGGGAUGGGGUGGGGGUUGGGGGGUGUUAUGUUGCUCUUAUGUUGCUUUGUCUUUCUCGUUUUAUGAGGAACGAGGAUGUGUGUAUUCUUUUUUUUUGUGUGUGAGAGUGGAUUUAGGAAAUGCUUAGUUAUUUUCCGUUUUUUGAUGGAUGGUGUAUCUAGUCUUCCCGUUUUUUAAAUGAAGUUAGGGAUGCAUGGUAGAUGUUUCCCAUUUUCUAUUAAGUGAAAAAUAUGUUGUUUUCCAUUUUCUAUGACGUGAAAGAUGUGAGGUGUUUCCCGUUUUCUAUGAAAGUGCUUCCCUUUACUUUACAGAAUUUUUCCGUGAAUUAAAUCAUGUUUUUCAGAGUCUGUCAAGUGAGAGAAUGUGUUUCCUAUUCACUCUGAAGUGAGAGAAUGUGUUUCCCAUUCACUCUGAAGUGAGAGAAUGUGUUUCCCAUUCACUCUGAAGUGAGAUGUAUGUUUCCCAUUUUUUUUUUUUUUAAUGAAGUGAGAGAUUUUUCUGUGAAAGUGAGCUCUGUGAUUUCAGUGCUUCCAAUUUUGAGGAAUGUAAGAUGAAUGGCUGUCAUUCUCUGUGAAGUGAUGGGAUCUCCGUGUAUUUAUUAUAAACCUUUUAAUGUUUUCUUUUUGGGGAGAGGAAUACUUAUUUGAUAUAUCCCAUUUUUUUUUUCCCCCUGAAGUAGAAGACGGGUGUUUGAUAUUUGAGGAAUACGAUUUUUUAUUUAUUCAUUUAAUGGAUUUCGUGCCUCGUAUUCCCACUUUGUCUGGAGUGAAGGAUGUGUGACGUCUAUUUCGUCUAUGGUUUGUAAUCUUCUUUUUCUAUACCUUCAGGGACGUUUGCUUGAUAUAUUUCCCCUUUUCAAUUAAUGGAAAGUUGUAGUUUUUUUCCCAGUUGAAUUUUAAAGCGAAAUAAUACGCUUGGAAAUAAAACUAACAGUAAACUAUCAUUAAGACAAAAUAUAUAGGAAAUAGAUUUAAAUUAUUGGAUUUUUUUGUGUCUCUUAAUUUUGGAAACGAAUACUUUUAAGUUACUAUGUAUUACAUGUAUGGAUUAUUAUAAAGAAUAAUACGAAUGGAAAUAUUUUUAUUUAUUGUUGCCAAUACAGUUUUGUUUAUAUUUGCAUAUGUAUCCUAGAUAAUCGUAACGUUCUAGAAAUAAAUGAAUAUUCUACAAAGAAA